UCCAAUGUGCCAGCGAGAUGCGCGGCGAAAUCUCCUGAGUUGAGUGGCUUUGGAGGCUUCAUUGUCGUCAGGAACCUCGAGGACGGCGUUUGGGCUGAUCUGGGUUCUUCUGCGGUGCAGGAUUCAGCCGGCCUUUUCGGCAGAAGAAGCUUGAGGUGUAUCAUGGUUGCCACUUUUCCACUCCUGGCGUGCCAAAUGGAGGUAUCAUUUGCAGUGACUGGAGUCUUCGCCAACAGCGAGGUAUGUCAGCACGAUUGGACCUUCGAAGAUGGGCUACAACUGCUGAAGGAGGCCAAAGACGUCAUCCGCCACUCCGACCUAGCAACCAAGGCUGGUGCGAUCGUGAACUUGGACUUGAUGAUCUUCACAGUUUCCAGCCACCUGGCAGGAGGAGGCAUGUUGGCAGCCCUGACCCUUGGCACCUUUGGCGCCAAUCGCAGGAGUCACCGGCAAGAGCUGAGACGACAAGAGUUCGUUGUGUCCAGAGCCGUUGACUUUCAGUCCUUGGAUUUGGAUGGACAAGCAGGAGGAAGUGAACUGCUGCAGAUUCCAAGCUGGUUCACUGGCAUCCUUAGAUCCUUGAGGGGCCCAGGUCGAGACAGCUUGGCCUUUUUGGCCGGUGCCUCUGCUGUUCGGUCGCCAGGCUUUCUUCAGUCAUCAAGCUCCUGGCGCCCAAGCCAGCUGGCAAUGGUUUUGCUGAGAAAGAAUGGAAUGGGUACUUGAGGUUGGCAUCGAGCCUGCAGCGUGUGGCCAUGGGCAAAACACCAAAGGGUGAACGAAACACAGAGGGCCGGGUGGAAAAAAA